AUGCGGGGAGAGGCACGCGACGACCAGUCCGGGGACGAAGGCGGUGCUGGUGUCGGGGAACGCCCGGCGAAGCGGCAGCGCCAGGCAGGCGGCAACGACACCGCUGCGGUCGCAUCAGGAGCCGCGUGCCAGCCAUGCCGGCUGCGCAAGGUCAAGUGCGACAAGAAGAGGCCCUCUUGCGGCAUCUGCACCGUCAGCGGCCAGGACUGUGAAUACAUUGGCGACCAGACCGACAAGUUGAGCUUGGAGACGGCAACGGCCACCCUGCUCGACCGCUUUGAGCAGCUCCAGAGAGAGUUUGAAGCGGUUAAGAGGGCACUCCACGCCAGAGAACAACCGACGCCAAAGCAAACCGCCUCCUUUCCCGUGACAUCCGAGGACCGCUCGCAGUCGGCCCAGUUGCCUCCACGACUCUCAACCGUCGAGGCCUCGCGCGACUUCCUGCAGAUCCCGCCUCACCGCGCCAGCGCCGACACCGUCCUGCGCUGGGAAGUCUUCCAGGACAAGUAUCCGCCCAACGCCCUCAUCGGCGGCCUGUUCACCCCCGACCAGACCGAGUCCGGCAGCGCGGACACGCCCUCGUCGGACCUCAUCAUCAACGCUUCCGGCCUCACUCCGCUCGAGGACGAGCACAUACCCAGCCUUAUCGAUCGCUUCCUUCAAAACGUCCAUACCAAGAACCCGAUUUUGGACGUGGAAGCCCUCAUCAAACACGGCCGCCGCUGUGCGGACCAGGGCAUCGGCUGGGACGGGCGGUCGUGCCUGGUCCUCCUGGCUUGUGCGCUGGGCGCCGUCGCGAAGCCCUUUGGCAGAUCUGUGCCUCCCACGCCGUCGUCGCUGUCCACGGGCAGUGACGAUGCUGCGCGACACGGGCCGCAGAAAGCCUCGUCGCGCCGUUAUGCCAAAGAGCUCCAGCUAGGCGACUCGUGCUUCACCCUGGCCUGUCGACGCUUAGGAUCUCUCAAGUACUCAAUGCUCGGCGCGCAGUGCCACUUUUUCGCGGGAGUAUAUCUCAUGUACACGCUUCGCCCGAUCCUGUCAUGGCAUUACUUUCUCCACGCCUCCAUUUUCUGCCAGGUCCACCUCCGGAUGACGCACGGCAUCCUGGGCGACUUCACCGAAGUGUUGAGCGCGCCGUCGCGGCACUCCAGCUCCACCGACCGCAAGUCGCGCCGGCUGGAGCAGAGUCUGUAUUGGUCCUGCUUCAAGUCGGAAUGCGAGUUCCGGGUUGAGCUCCCCCUGCAGCAAUCCGAGAUAAGCCUCGGGGAGUACCCCGACUUGUUCCCCUCUCCUCCGUCGCCGAUCCCCACGGACGGCAAAGACUUUGGCGCCGAGUCGCCCCAUCAGACAUCGCCCACGGCUGGCAGCCUUGGCGGGGCUGGCCCCUACGAGUCCCGGGCGAGCGUCACCGACGAGGCUGUGGAGCUCAGGAAACACGCUGUCCGGCUCUGCAACGAGGAGGAAAGCUGGUACUACUACAUGACCGAGAUCGCCCUGCGGCGCAUCGGAAACCGCAUCAUCAACACAUUCUUCAGGCAAGAGAGAUCUACAUGGGCUUACAUCAAACCUCUACUCAGAAUGGCGCAAGAGUUUGAGGCACAGGUCUCCUCGUGGUCCGCCCAUCUGCCCCCGGCGAUGCAGCACUACGAAACCACGUUUAUAAUCCGCGCGCCGCACUUGAACUGGAGCGAAGCAGGGGGCAGCCAUGCCAGCAGAGAGUUGAGUUGGGCCAUCGACAACCGUCUCCUCGAGAUGCAAACCUGGCUCUACCAGCCUUUCCUCUACUACCUCGUACACUUUGGAUCAGCAAGAGCCGCCGGAACAAGCCAGCAGCCUCGCAUAAGCAGCCUUCUGAAUCCAUUCUCCCCCCCAGAGCACGACUCUCCGCAGUCUAUGGACUCGUUCAACGCGCGCGCCGCCGUCGCCGGGUCGGCUCUCGAUGGGCAGGACCUCGCGGUGCUGCACUCGCUCAUCGCCUCGGGCAUCGAGUGCUCGCUCAAGACCAUUGACGUGCGGUCGCGGGGUCACCGCCACCACGGCCUGUGGUACGACCUGAGAAGCAUCAUGUGCGCGUCGCUGGUGCUGCUCGCCGUCGUCAAGAGCGGCAACGCCGCCUGGAUACCGGGCGGCACGGAGACGCUCUGGGGCGCCGCGCCGUCGUCCGACUACUGGAUGGGCACGCAGACACCGAUAGGCGGCAAGAUCGCAAAGGUGCUAGCCCAGUUUGACUUUUGGGCGGGCGAGGCCCCGGACCUGUUGCGCUACAAGGAGGUGCUCGAAACUGUUGUACGGGAUGUCAGAGGGUCAUGA